CCACGUUGCUAAGGAGCCUGGAGAUGCUGAGCGCCAAGAGCUCGCCCUUCCUGGUCGGGCUUUGGCCGAGAGUUGCCUUGUCGGCCUUAUAUGAAACUGGCCGCCUAUCCCCCACUCUCCCCGACCUUUUUAAAAAAACAACAAAAAAACUUUUUCUCCAUUUUUGUCUCUCCAUGUCCUCCUCAUUUUCUAACUUUGACAACAUCCCGGCUCUGAACUGGUCUUAGGUAUUUGGCAAUGUGUGGUGUUGGAGGCGGAGAGGCUAGGAAAAUGGAAAGAAGAUAUUAAGACCCUUAAUACUGGCUCUUUGGAUUUACAGUACUUUAUGGUGAAAAGGAUUGGGAUAGGUGAAUAUUGGGCUGUGUCGCUGUUCUUUGGAAUUUGAAGGAGUUUUAGAGAUGGAGCUCAUCUUCUUUUGUGGGGCUUCUAUUACACUUUUGGAACUUCCCAAACACCAGAUUAGAGAGUAGGAAAAAAAAAAGUGGCCUCUGCCUCUGAGAAUUUGCCAGAUAGUUUAGUGCAGUGGUCUCAAAGCCAAGUGUGGGAAGAAAAUGCAUGUGGGAAAAGAAAUAGGAUUUAUGAGUUGUCCAAAACAAUGAAAAAAGAGUACGCUUUCCUGGCAUUGACCCAGAUGCCUAUAAUCCUUGUAGAUGACCUGUAGCAUCUAAGGAAACCUAAGGAGUAAAAGAGAAGCAAUGCAGAAAUCCGAGUGCCAUAGAAGUGUACAGUUAAGAAACAGAGUGACAGAUAACUGUGAUCAAAGGACAUCAUCAAGUGUACAAAUAAAACAUAGGACUGCAGUUCAACAAAGGAAAUCCUCCUCGUCAACCAGUUCUCCAGAAUCUGCAAGAAAACUUCAUCCUCGACCAAGUGAUAAACUUAACCCUAAAACAAUUAACCCUUUUGGUGAACAGUCACGAGCCCCUUCUGCAUUUGCAGCUAUUUACUCUAAGGGAGGUGUUCCUUGCAGAUUGGUCCAUGGUUCAGUAAAACACAGGCUACAGUGGGAGUGUCCUCCUGAAAAGCUUCCAUUUGAUCCUCUUCUUAUUACUUUAGCUGAGGGUCUGAGAGAGACUAAGCAUCCAUACCCCUUUGUGUCAAAGGAGGGUUUUAGAGAAUUACUUUUGGUCACAGGUGCUCUUGAAAAAGCUGUGCCUUUGCUUCCUAGACUGAUUCCUGUGCUGAAGGCAGCUCUGGUCCACUUGGAUGAUGAAGUGUUUGAAAGAGGAUUGAAUGCUCUGGUACAGUUAAGUGUCGUUGUUGGCCCUUCUCUAAAUGACCAUCUGAAACAUCUGCUUACAAGUCUUUCCAGGAGACUAAGGGACAAGAAAUUCAAAGAACCAAUCACCACUGCAUUACAGAAGCUGGAGCAGAAUGGUGGAAGUGGAAGCCUUACCAUCAUCAAGUCUAAAAUUCCAACCUAUUGCUCCAUAUACUGCUGAAGAAAGAGCCCUGGUGACAGGUGUUAAACGCUGACCAUGGGUAUGCACGGAACCUUUUCAGAGUCACUUCACUUUAUUCUUUUGUAAAUCACAACCACCCUUCAUUAUUGCUGGCUUUAGAGGAGUAUACACAAUUCCACUGAAUCAUAGUACAAGUUAUUCAUUAAAAAAAAGAAUGGUUAAUGAUGGAAAACUAUUUAAAAAAAGUUCUAUAAUAGUACAAUCUUGUGGGAUUUAUUUUUUCAUACUUUUUAUGGUUUGUGUGAGCAACAGUUAUUUGGUUUACAGUGGAUGUGUUUGUAUAUAUUUUCUAGUGCCUUUUAUAUAUAACAUUUAUACAGUUCGUGUGUAGCUGUGCACUUAUUUUUAGACAUUUUGCCAUUUCCUGGGUUUUAUAUUUAUCAAGUCUAUGAAAAUUUCAAAUAGUGGACAAACAUUUGUGAAUUCACUGUUAAUUAUUGUUUGUAAAUAUGUAUUUUAUAAUGUAGAAUGCUUGGAAAUAAUUUUGAGUAUUCUAGUUUAAGAAAAAAAUUUUUAAUGUGUAAGUUCUCUUAUAAGUAUGGUUGUUUAUUACAAAUCAUUAAAACUACCUAAACUUUAGGUAUUAAUUGUAUUUAAGUAAAUGUUAUUUUUGUAUUUCAUAGCCUGAAAAUACUGAUAUUCAGUACGUGAAGAUACUCAGAAAUUAAAAUCUUAAAAGUCUUAC